AUGAAUAGCUCCAAUGGAACAGUUUCAUUUGACAAUGGAUUUUAUUUUGUUGCUUACAAUUCUUUGGGCAAUAAGAACUACCUGAUCCUGGCAUUAGGAAUUAUCUACCUGAUUACUUUACUAUGUAAUUUAAUGCUCUUGUCUAUGAUCAUGAUGAACUCAAGUUUACAUAACCCCAAAUUUCUUGCGGUGUGUAACCUGGCUGUAGUUGACAUUUCUAUAAAUAGUGUAAUUAUUCCACAAAUGGUUCCUUCAUUUGUAUUUAAUCUGAAUCACGUCAGUUUUGAAGCAUGCUUUACUCAAAUGUUUUUCAUGCACUUUUUUGGUGACAUGGAAUCCUUUUCACUGGCUCUAUUGGCUUAUGAUCGCCUAAUUGCUAUCUGCUUUCCUUUGCGCUACCCAACAAUCAGUACUAAUCUGAGGAUGAUGCUUAUCAUAGUUGGAUUGUGGUUACUGGUAUUUUCAUGUGAAGCUUACCUUGUAGUUCUGACCAGUCGUCUCUCCUACUGUAGAUCAAGGGUAGUGCCAGGCUGUUGCUGUGAACAUGGUCAGGUUUUCAAUUUAGCCUGUGGAGAUAUUUCUUAUAACAGAAGUCUUGCAACUACAAAGACAUUAACUGUUCUGCUUGGCCCUCUGACUUUUAUUGUUUGCUCAUAUGUAAUAGUGGUGGUAGCAGUGUUGAAAAUUGCAUCCAAAGCACAACGCUGGAAGGCCUUUAAUACCUGUCUUACUCACAUGGCCCUGGUCCUCAUUUAUUUUAUGCCAGUGAGUUUUGCUUAUAUACUAGGGAGCUUAAAGUUAGUGCAGUCGAUUGAUCUUUACACAACAAUUUUGACAGUGUGUGUCACAUUGCCAGGCAUGUUAAACCCUAUCAUAUAUAGUUUAAAGACUGAGGAACUGCAGGAGAAGUUGCUAAAGAUUUUUAAGAAACAAAAAAUGUCAAAC